AUGGUUCGCGCCACCGCCCUUCUCGCAGCCAUGCUGCCCGCUGCUCUCGCCGUCCCCUUCGGCCUGAAGAGCGCCGCCAUCAACCAGACGGACUCCUUCAUGGGCAUCCCCAUCUCCAACCUGAACGCCCUGGACCUGAUCCCCAACAAGUACAUCGUUGUUUACAACAGCUCCUUUGACGACGACGCCAUCACCUCCAAGAUGUCCUCCUUCGCCGCCGCCAUCAAGAAGCGCAACAUCGGCAAGCGCUCCCUCGACGGCCGCGCCCUGAGCACCUCGACCCGCAACUUCAAGAUGAACAGCUGGCGCGCUACCGUCAUGGAGGCCGACGACUCCAUGAUCAUGAACGUUAUGAGCGCCGAGGAGGUCGCCUACGUCGAGCAGGACGCCAAGGUCAAGAUCUCAGCCACCGUCUCCCAGACCAACGCGCCCCCCGGCCUGGUCCGCAUGUCUCACGCCGCUGCUGGCGAGACUGGCUACGUCUUUGAUCAGACUGGCGGCGAUGGCAUCACCGCCUACAUUGUCGACACCGGCAUCCUCACUACCCACUCUGAGUUCCAGGGCCGCGCGACCUUUGGCGCCAACUUCAUCAACACCGUGGACACUGACGAGAACGGUCACGGCUCUCACGUUGCCGGAACCAUUGGUGGUCAGACUUUUGGUGUUGCCAAGAACGUUAACCUCGUUGCUGUCAAGGUCCUCGACGGCGACGGUGCCGGUUCCAACUCUGGUGUUCUCGAUGGCAUGCAGUUCGUCAUUGACGACGUCAAGGCCAAGAACCUCACUGGCAAGGCAGUUAUGAACAUGUCACUCGGUGGCUCAGCCUCCGCCGCCGUCAACCGCGCCGUCCAGGCCCUGAACAACGCCGGCAUCGUCCCCGUCGUCGCCGCCGGUAACGAGAACCAGGAUGCCGCCAACACCUCGCCCGCGUCCGCCCCCAACGCCAUCACUGUUGGAGCCAUCGACGCCCGCAACGACCGCAAGGCCUCCUUCUCCAACUUCGGCGCCGCCGUUGACAUCUUCGCCCCCGGUGUCAACAUCCUGUCCGUCGGCAUCACCAGCGACACCGCCACCAACACCCUCUCCGGCACCUCCAUGGCCUCUCCCCACGUCGCCGGCCUCGCCGCCUACCUGAUGAGCCUGGAGAACCUCAACACCGUCAAGUCCCUUACCGACCGCAUGCUGGCCCUUGCCGAGGCCUCCGGCGCCUCAGUCCAGCGCAACACCGCCGGCACGACCAACCUGAUCGCCAACAACGGCCAGCUCUAG